GUGAAACCGUGAAUUUCUCCGUUCUGUGGUCACUAAGGACAGGAAAGGCACAAAGGAGACAUAUGUUUUCUUAGUGUAACGGAGGUUAUUCAAAGUAUUUCCUCAGCGCAAGGUUUCUGGUGGCGUCCGGGGCGGAAAAGGAGCCGUUUCCUCAACAGCUGGCUUGCAUAUUUGCGACGGAUUCGCCCCUUUUCGCACUUGAACUUGUCUGGUCAGUCUGUUGUUAUUGAGCCGGCUGAGAUGAGCGGUCCUGAGGUGGCCAAGACACCGGGAGGCGGGGCUCCGGGGAAGGAAGGAAAGGAGCCGGUGGCCAAUGGGCACACAGGAGAGGGCAGUGACCCCAACCCAUUCGCCGAGUACAUGUGGAUGGAGAAUGAAGAGGAGUACAACAGACAGGUGGAGGAGGAGCUGUUGGAGCAGGAGUUCCUGGAGCGCUGCUUCCAGGAAAUGCUGGAGGAAGAGGACCAGGAUUGGUUCAUUCCAUCACGUGACCUCAACAACCAGGGGGUGGGACAGCUGCAGCAGCAACUCAACGGCCUGUCUGUCAGCGAUCACCACAACAACCUGGAGGAAGUGGCGAGGAAGAGCAUCUUGAAUCCUGAAGCGAAGGAGUUUGUCCCGGGGAAGAAAUACUAGGAGUCCCCCUCACCCCCAUGGGGCCUCCACACCCGCACACACACAUACGCAGACACACAGCCACACACCAGUCCUCAGAUAUUCUCAGAGACUCUAGCGGCCUCGACCGCACACAUGCACACACACAUGCGCACACACACACACACACACACUUCAAGCCAAGGUGUGCUGGUGGGCCCAGUUGGGGGGUGGGGGGAUUUCUUUUUUUCUCUCUUUGGUUCUUUACUCUUUUUAUUUCCUGUUCGUUUCUUGUAAACUGAGGGACAUGGGGAAUGGGGUGGGGAGGGGUAUAAUACCAGCAGUGCCCUGCUGCAGGCACUAGCUCAGCAUUGCAGUUUGGAUUACAUUGAUGACGUAUACAGAGUACGGCAGAUCGCAUCAGCAACCCCUUGGAAAUAAGGCAGCUACCAAGGAAAGAUGCCAGGACUUGACGUCAAAUCAGUUUCAACAAAAACUGACUUCAAGCAUUAAUGUGCAUCGCACUUUUGUUGAAGUGCUAUCAAAUAACAAAAAAAUUCAAUUUCUAUGCCAAGUGCAUUGUGGAAUUCUCUAAGGGUUUCCAAUGUAGUGAGAUUAGACGGUGACUAAUAUUUCAGGGGACCAAAUGGGUUUCUGUUGCUACUCUGUAGAAUCAUCGUCCUGUUCAGUCAGACCCGUUAGCAUUCCUCCGAUAAUGUCAUAAUUAACCUCUCUGUGGCAUCACAGCUCUUGUGCAUCUAGAGAUGCAGAUUUGUAUUUGUAUCUGGUGCGGCUAUGUUGCAAACUAAAUACAAUCCCACCCUCCAUACACCCAAGUUCUCAAGUACCUGGACCUGAACAUACCUGGACUCACAUAAACAUGGAAGAAAAAUGAUUAUUUUCCCAUUUCAUGUGGAAACCCAUGUCUAUCUGUUGUUCAGGUGUGAUAUUUCAGGUUAGCUUCCCAGUCAUACAUAAACCUAGUUAAAUGACUUAAAAGAAAUCUUGGAAAACUUAAUUCCAGAGCUACAUUCACUGGUUUUGGAAGGAAACUUUGAAAAAUAUCUAUAAACCUGCGGCUGUAGAGCCGAUGAUGUUACCAGCUUAAUUUCCCUGUUCCAUUUGCGGCGAUGGGCCAAGUGAACAAGCAUGUUGGGGGGAGUAUUCAGUUUGGAGCACGCCCACCUUCUCUUUCUGCGGGAACAGCUUGGUUUGUCCAGCAUCAGAUCAAGUGACCAUAUCCAAAUCAGGUUCUCAAAUAGCCUCUCCUCCUUUUUCUUUGUGUUUUCUUUUGUUCUCUUUUUUUCAUGUUUUUGAGGAGGAGGCGUUUUGUGUCUCUACUGGGUUGCCGUAGCCUGUGGUGUCCAUUCAGUCCUGUUGGUUGGAGGGGGAAAAGGAGGAGAUGAUGUUGUUUAGCCCAUGUGCGGCUGACAGUAUCACCUCCUCGCCGUUCUUCCUUACCUUGUUGGAGGAAGUAGGUCAAUGUUUGAGGAAGUUCUUAUUAACCAUCAACCAUCUCCGUUGUGGACCAGCUUUCCCUUAAGCAUCUCUAUUCCAAGUAUCAUGUCUGUUUGGCGGUGGUGCAAAGAUGCUGUUUGGGAACGUCCCAGUCCUCACCACAGUAAUCAUGUACUAACGAUACAAACUUUGCAAAAUAGGCAGUUUUUCCUCCCGUCCUCCACUGUCUUGGCAUCAGUAUGUUGUCACAGGCAAGGAUUGGAGUUGACAUAGGACCAUUAACCCUCAUCCCACGGGGCAAAAUAUGCCACUGUUGAUGUGUGGCUCUGACAGUGAUAUCGUCUUGUGCAUCAUACCUUUAAGCAUAGACACUUGUGCGCUUGUAGUCAGUCGGAUUUAAGUAUCAGACGGGUAAAAGCGUAUGUCCGUUAAUGACAUUUUUGCCUCGUAAUGUUAAAAGUAAUAAGGUGGAAAUCAGUGUUGAAGAGACUGUGAAGAAUUAUUCCGUAUUCUUGUUGGUUAAGAGUGAACUUCCUCACAAGAUAUGGGGGGAGAUAGGGCGCUUGGACCACAGCUGUUGAAUGGCACCCUGGUUAAGCCAAUAGGAAUGUCCGCCAGGUGGAUUGUACAACAUGAAAUCAUUUUUGGUGAUUUUGUUUGAGUUGGAUGACAAAGGUCAUUUAAAAGAGGUCCAGAAGACACAAAAAUUAUGAAUUUCAAUACAAAGAAAAAAUUCUGAAAAAAGACGAAUAAAGAUGUUAAAGGCAAA